AUGACCUCUCUUUUUUUUAUUUUUUCCUUUUUGCUGUCCCUUUCAUUGGACAAACAAAUUGGCCUCGGGGCUAAGCGAAUGCAACGGCCCCUGAAUGUGUACUACAGGGACUAUUCCGCAAAUUUGUCCAAUGAACAGCGGGACAAAUUAAUGAAAAUAAUGCUUGACGAUGAGGGGGAUGGCAAGCCGCAGGGAAACCUAGGGGGCGCUAUUGAUAUGAACGAAAUGCAUGUGCAGGAGAGAGAACUAGGGGCUCUCCUGAAGGAGCAAACGGACUUGUCGGGGCAAAUUCGGGAGGACUCGCGCGGACGCACCAGAAAAAGUGAUACUAAAGAUGGGCCGACGGGGGCUUGUGGAGGUGGUGCGGGGGGCCUGCAGAAUAAGCCUACACAACAAGCCAGCGCAACAGACCUGCACAAGCGAAUGUCCAUCAGAUACAACCAUGGGGAAAACGGCGCAUCGGGUAGCGACUUAACGGAAGCAAACGAAGACGGAGACCAUUUUGACGUCGACACGGAAAUUGACGUCCCCAUCGAUUUGAUGCGCGAACCCGUAGUGCUUGUUAAAAUCCCAGUAGUUGGCAUUUACGACCAAAUGGAAAUGCUACACGAUGUCGGGAAGUUGAUCGAUGUAAAUAAUGAAGAUGUGUUUUACUGA